AUGAAAACCAUAGUACUGGCGCUCAUUCUCGGCUUUCUCGGGUCCUCUGCUGAAGCCUCUUUUUGGGAACUUCUCAAAAUGUAUGCGCUCUAUAGGAAUUCAUUAUCACUGGACGAGGUGUGCGCCGCAUUUGAAAAAGGUGGACAUAUGCGGUUUUAUUGCGAAAGAGGUGGUCAGAGGAUAAGGUGGGGGAAGAUGCACUGCGGAGGGGGUGAGGAGGGUGGCAUUGCUUUGGCCUAUUCGAAAAAGGGAUGGAAUCAUACGAGCUUCGAAUCUGUGGGAAGAACAAUGAAAGGCUGGAAUUUUUUGGGGAUAAAUCCCGUGUGUCAACUAAAUGGGACCUUUCCACUAACGAGAAGCAAAGCUGCGAAAUGCACCAAGGAUAUGUUGAAAUUUGAAAAAAAAUGGGCCAAAAAUGUUGGAGAUUACGAUCAUUGGGGUACAGUGCAUGGAAAAUGUAUUGUCACUUACCUCACCCCUGAGAAGAUUCAAAGAGUGCGGGGUGUAGAAAUUGUUGGACCAUACGGAGGAUUAUGGACGGAAGACGACGAUGAAGACGAUGAAGACGAUGAAGACGAUGAGGAUGAAGAGGAGGACGAGGAAGAAGAUGAGGGCGAGGAUGAGGAUGAGGAUGAAGAGGAUAGUAGUAAGGGGGGAAAAGGAAAAUAUCGUGGAAGAAUGCAAAGAAGAAAAUCAAUAGGGGAAGGAAACGAAAGUAAUAGUGGUGAAGAUGAUGAAGAAAAUUAUGAUGAUGAAGUUGUUCGAAGUCCAUUAAAGCGAAACAAUGGGAAAUUACACGAAAAUAAGGGUAAUAUUUUCUUUUUUUUACUAAGCAUUUUAUGUUAUUUUUAA